AUGGUCGCUGCGGAGGCUUUGCAGUCUUUUGAGCUCCCAGCGGCAGCCCUGAGGAUCUUUCAGAGGGCAGUGCAGUGCAUUUCCAAGUUGGGCAAAGAUGCCGCGGUGAUCUUCCGUGCCGAGGAGCUGUUGCUGCGAGGCGCUGAUGACGGGCACUCCUCCGCCUCGCAGUUUGUCUUCCGCCGGAAGUUCUUUCGGAGCACACCGAUGACCGGCGCGUCGGCGCCGCCUGUCGAGACCAAAGUCGUCGUGGUGGCGCGGCAGCUGCUGGUGGCACUGAAGGGUUCACAGCAGAAGUCUGCUGAAGGACUGGUGAUACGCCUGCUGGGUCAGAGGAUCUUCUUGGAGUUCACUGGUCGCCUCGGGGGGAAGGUUCGUCAUGGAGUUCCACUCUUGGAGACAAUGCCCUUCCUGCCGGGAGAACCUGCCGCUGGGCCUCAUGCCGUUGCAAUGGCGCCAAGUUUGCUCGCAAGGGUAUUGGAGCAUUGUGUUCCUCCGCGGACCGGCUGCGAGGAGAUUACUGUUGGGGCCGCUCCCUCUGAGGGCUUGCGCGUGAAGAGCGAAGAUCUCAUGAGCUCUGACCGAGAGGCGCAUCGAACCGAGGUCCUCGUGCAGAUGUCUGACCUGGAGGCUUGUAGCCUGGACCCAGCUGGUGGCGAAGUCAAAAUCCCCGGGCGCGGCCUGCGCGACUUUGCAAGGGCUGCUGAGAACAUCUCCAAGGAUCUGGACAGCCUCGGGGUCUUGGAUGGGUCAGCACUGCUGGAGCUCCGCUUUGGUGCCACAGGGCCUGUGGUGUGCAGCAUAGCAAGUGCUUCAGAUGGUCUGGUGCGACCCUUGCAGGAUUUCCGUGCGGUGUUGAUGGUGGCAGUGAAGGAGCACAUUGCGCUUCCAGGAGCUCCAACGCCGGUACCAUCCACUGCCCCUGCCUCUGCCCGCCGUGCACAACCUCGGCAGGGCCCAAAGCGGCGAGCUGUGGAAGUUGACGUCGCCGACUUCGAUGCCUUUCCAGAGCAUAGCCAAGUUGGCCGCACGCAGGAGACGCAAAGACCUCCGCCCACCCAGCCAGUCUCCGCAACGCCCGGGCUGCAGCUGUUCACGCAAACGCAGAGGGCCGAGAUCGCUCAGGCUUCAGCUCCGCGUGUGCCUCCGGCGGCACCUGCUGUGCAUUCGGCGGCACCUGCUGUGCCUCCGGCGGCACCUGCUGUGCCUCCAGCGGCACCUGCUGUGCCUCCGGCGGCACCUGCUGUGCCAGCGCCCACGCAAAUGCAGCCCUCCCAAGCACAUGCACCAGGAAGACAAGCAGCUCAAGCAGCUCUGCUCUUUGCAUCGCUGUCGCCUGCAGCCCCUGCUGCGGCAGCGGCUCCGACUUUGGCGUCACGGCUCCAGCCUCGGUUCGAGGAUAGCGAAGACGAGCUCAUCGGCGCGGACCCGGACGAGGUGGCCUUUGCCCGUGGCGACCAAGAGGAAGAAGCUCCUGAUUGGUUUGACUGCGAAAACCUAUGGUAG